AUCCCGGGUUAUAAGCCGGCUUUUCCUACCAAUUAUUAAUCACCAUAGAUACUUUCUAUCCACCACACUACGUUCACGAUCAAUCUACUUCUGAACACCAUCAAGAUGCCUCCCAAAGUCGCCAUUCUCGAUGACUACCAGAACAUCUCUCCCCGGCACUUUGCCCACCUGACCUCCCGCGUCGACAUCAGCUACUUCCCCGACACUCUAAACCCGCGCGACCCCGCCCAGCACAAGCAACUCAUCCAGCGCCUGUACCCAUUUGAGAUCAUCGUCACUCAGCGCGAACGCACACCCUUCUCCAAGGAGACCUUGUCCGCGCUCCCCAACCUCAAGCUCCUCCUCACCACCGGCACGCGCAACCUCGCCUUGGACUCCGCCUACUGCGCGGAGCGGGGCAUCCCCGUCGCAGGCACAAAGUACCGCCUCACCGGCGUCCACUCCACAGUGCAACACACGUGGGCACUGAUCCUCGGAGCAGCGCGACACAUUGCGCGCGACGAUGCAGCCAUCAAACGCGGCGAAUGGCAGGGAUCACUCGGUCUGUCGCUGGCAGGCAGAACGCUUGGGUUGCUCGGUGUCGGGAAGCUCGGGGCGCAGGUGGGGCGGGUAGCAGUCCAGGCAUUCGGAAUGAAGGUGAUUGCGUGGUCGACGAACCUAACGCAGGAGAAAGCGGACGAGCAAGCAGAGGCGAUGGGAUUACCGGCGGGUAGCUUUGAGGCUAUUCCUAAGAAGCUGGAUUUCUUCCAGCAGGCGGAUGUGGUGAGUUUACAUAAUGUUCUGUCGGAGCGGAGCUGGGGAAUCGUGGGGCGGGAGGAGCUCGGAGCGAUGAAGAAGUCGGCCCUUCUUGUGAACACGUCACGCGGCCCGUUGGUGGACGAGACGGCGUUGUUGGAGACGCUGAAUCGGGGUGGGAUUGCCGCGGCGGCGUUGGAUGUGUUUGAGACCGAGCCGUUGCCGGCGGAUAGUCCGUGGAGAACGACGGCGUGGGGGAAGGAUGGGCGGAGUGAGGUGCUCUUGACACCGCAUAUGGGAUAUGUGGAUGAGCAGAUCCAUGGGUGGUAUGAAGAAGUGGCCCAGAAUCUGGAGCGGUGGUUGAAUGGACAGGAGUUUACGGUGCGGUUGAAUUGAGUUUGUGCUGAUUUCUGGUCGUCCUUUGUUUGGAUGUUCAAUAGAAGCGGGGAUGUGUGGAAUGGCGUGGAAUGAUGUCGAUGUUUCAAUCUAACCAACUUACCUAGUUUAUUGAGCCCAAAAAUUAGACUAAGAAACUCAUGCACGC